UGCCAUGGCCUGUCUGAUGGCCGCUUGGUCCGUGCAUAAUCCCAGUGUGACCAACUCCAUUAUUAUGAACACAAACGGACCCCCAGACUUGAUGCUGGAUUCGCGAACGGUCUGUGUCUGUUUGGAGGAAGUAAUCAACAAGACUCCGAUGAGAACCCAACAGACGCCCCUGCUACAAAAACCACAGAAGAAGGUGGAUGCACCCUUGAAGAAGGUGGACAACAGCCUGACGGAGGCCCAGAGGUUCUCCUCAUUACCAAGGAGACCAGCAGUCAACAUAGAGUUCAAAGAUGUCUCAUACUCAAUCAGAGAGGGACCCUGGUGGAGGAUAAAAGGUUACAAAACUCUACUCAAAGGGAUCUCUGGGAAAUUCACCAGUGGGGACCUUGUGGCCAUUAUGGGGCCCUCAGGAGCUGGGAAGUCCACGCUCAUGAAUAUCCUGGCAGGAUACAGGGAGACAGGAAUGAAAGGGGAGAUCCUGAUCAACGGUCAACCCAGAGACCUGCGCUCUUUCCGGAAGGUUUCCUGCUACAUCAUGCAGGACGAUAUGUUGCUUCCACACCUCACUGUGCAGGAGGCCAUGAUGGUUUCAGCCAACCUGAAGCUACAGGAAAAGGUGGAGGCUCGGAGGGAGAUGGUUCAGGAGAUCCUGACAGCUCUGGGGCUGCUUGACUGUGCUAAAACAAGAACAUCGCACCUGUCAGGGGGUCAGAGAAAGAGGCUGGCCAUCGCUCUGGAGCUUGUCAACAAUCCUCCAGUUAUGUUCUUUGAUGAACCUACCAGUGGUUUGGACAGUUCAUCUUGUUUCCAAGUCGUCUCUCUUCUCAAAGCCCUGGCUCGAGGAGGACGGACCGUCAUCUGCACCAUUCAUCAACCUAGUGCCAAACUCUUUGAGCUUUUCGACAAGCUCUAUGUGCUGAGCCAGGGUCAGUGCAUCUACAGAGGAAAAGUGUCCAGCCUGGUUCCAUACCUGCAGAACCUCGGACUGAACUGUCCCACCUACCACAACCCAGCCGAUUUCAUCAUGGAGGUUGCAUCCGGGGAAUACGGGGACCAGAUGGUGAGACUGGUCAGGGCAGUUCAGGACAGGAGGUCUGAGGAGGUCCAUCAGAAAGAGCUGAAUGGAGAAGCCAGCCUCCACCCGCUUCUGUGGCAAGAGGAGAGUUCUUCAUCUGAAGGUUGCCACAGCUUCUCAGCCAGCUGCAAGACUCAGUUCUGCAUCCUGUUCAGGAGGACGUUCCUCAGCAUCCUCAGAGACUCGGUGCUGACCCACCUCAGGAUCUCCUCUCACAUCGGGAUCGGAGUUCUGAUCGGGCUCCUGUACCUGGGCAUCGGAAACGAGGCCAAGAAGGUUCUGAGUAACUCAGGCUUCCUCUUCUUUUCCAUGCUGUUCCUCAUGUUUGCUGCUCUCAUGCCUACUGUACUCACAUUUCCUCUGGAGUUGGGGGUUUUCCUGAGGGAACACCUGAACUACUGGUACAGUCUGAAGGCUUACUACUUGGCCAAGACCAUGGCUGACCUUCCCUUCCAGAAGUCCUCCAGGGCUUCAGCCUCACAGGCCCAGGUGGCAGGUUCAGCCGAGUACCACUGUACCUGGAGUUAA